AUUUUUUAUGGAUGGAAGAUCUGCACCAAGACGUCAUUGAGCCUCUCGUGAAGCACGUUGAUGAACUACAUAAAAUAAAUACCUUAAAUGACAAGGUUAAAGAAUUGGAACUCAAAUUGAGAGAGUUUGAAGAAAUGAUAGUUUUAGAUUCCAAUAAAAGAAAUCUAAUGAAGGAAGAAAUUCAACAAGUAAAGAUUGCAUAUGCUCACAUGGAAUCUCAAAAACCUAUCUCCAAAAACAACAAUUGGAGGGGCAAAUGGAUGGAUGUUCUCAUGACUAUAUCUAAAUGUCAUCAAUACUCACAAUAUACAUUAAAAUAUCAAAGUCUCUUACAAAAUGACUAAAACAUUGUAUGACUCCAAAAGAUUAAGUUUCAAUAACAUGUAUGGUUCCAAAAUAUCUUAAAAAUCUUGAACAUAUAUCCAACCUUCAAUUUUUGAACUCCAA